AUGGCACUUGAACACGCCUACACCUACCACUGCCGGAAUGUACUUAUUGCCACUGACUCCAUGACUGCCAUUGCAGCGAUCAACAAGCAGGAUGGAGAAAACAUCACUCAAACCCAAGCCAUCUGGAAAACAGCAAGAGCCAUCCACAAUGCGGGCAGAAGUGUCACUCUUACGUGGAUACCAUCCCACGUGGGAAUCUCAGGAAAUGAAGAAGCGGACGCCCUCGCCAAACGGGCAGCCAGUGACGCAACGGUGGCCACAGUCAUCCCCAGGACGUUGAAUCAGCUGAGAGGAGCAAUGAAAGCCCACGCAGAGAGGCAGCGACAGCAGGAACAACAUGAUCAGGGAAGCGAGAGCGUCAGAUUGUUCCGCCAGGUUGCCGCAGGCUGCCCGCUCCCAGCCCGACACUUCCCUAGCCGCCUGUGUGAGGUGGUGACAUGCAGGAUACCUCUUGGGUACCGUUACCCGUGGCAACUCGGCUUCGCGACAUCGGAGGAGGAGACACGAUGCCGACUGUGCUUUGCGCCGGAGGGACACAGUCUUGAACACUACCUGAGGGACUGUGCUCGUCCCUCAUACCUCAGAAAACAGUGCCCCACACCUUCACCUACACUACCUUAA